AUGUCCACCGGUAACACGUUUUCGCCGUUUCGGAUCUCUCGCGCGGACGGAGAGAGACUGGACCGCAACGAGGCUUUCAAGGCCGUUCGAGAGCACUUGAAACGCCAGGAAUUGGGAAUGGAUGCUCCUAGUUUUUGUGCCUUCCACCGCCACUCUUGCUCCGAGGAUGAGCAGGAAACUUUCCGUCUUCACCGCGACAUCAUCCAUACCAUCCUUCUCCCCCUGUUCCUACUCCACAACCAAGCUUCGCGCGUCGCCGCCGACGUGCUCCCCACUCACCGAGGAACGGAGCCCGAGCGCGCGUUCCGCGGAGAAGCUCGAAGCGCUUACGCCUGGUUGCACUGUAUCCUGCGCGAGGAGCAUGACUGGUACAUGACCGAACGGUGCCCCGCCUGCAUCGCCUUGCACGUCUUGCAUUCUGAGCCGACGAUCCGUUUCGUUGCGGUGGCUUGUCUCUUGUCCGACCACCUGCAAGGCCUAGACCUUCUCAACGCCAAGCGACGUCUGCCUAGCUUCGACUUCUGGUUUGAGGCAUUGGAGGCCGCCGUUCGCGAGGAUCCCUUCUGGGGUGACGACUUCUGGCCGGAUAUCGAGUACCGCGCCUGCGGGUUGACCGACGGCGUGAAGCAGCUGGUGCUGCAGUGCCUGGAGCUCCGCACUGCCCUGGACCUCAAGUCACUUCAGUCGCAGUAUAACGCCGGUGUGCAUUACUCGUCGCGCCAGCAGCACCUGCAUCCCAUUGCGGUGAAGACCUCUAGCUGUGCGCAGAAGCACUCGGUGUUGGCCACCGAGGAGCAGCGCCGGUUUUCCAAAAUCUCGGUCAACCGCUGCAUGCAAUCGUACUGGAACGAACGGCCCCAGCGGUCCCAUGUUCGCCGACACGGCGAUCCCCGCAGAAGAUCCGUCACCUCUUGA